UUAUUUAUUUUCCUGACAAAUACCUUGGCAUGAGACUCGCAACACCAACUCUUUUGAACUUUACCUAAAGAAAAUCAUGAAAGCUAGACGGUGGGAAACCAUUCCAGCAGAUUCGAAGACCCAAUACAAAAAAUCCUUCAAAUCCAUGAAAGAAUAAAUAAAUAAAUCCUCUGCUCAUCCAAGUUCAGCCACUCAGAUCUUAGGGCUGAGUUCACUGAAGAAGAAAUAAGCCCGAGUCCUCCAUAGGAUCGUCCAGAGUGAGGUUAGCUCAGCAAGGCCCCGUCAACACGCUUUCCUUGCACUGGUCAAAAGGAUCAAUCACUGUUUCAGCUACAGCUGAGUUUUCAAACUGAAGUUGCAAGAGACCCACCAGCUCUGGGUUUCGGAGUGAUCACAGGCUUUCUCUUUCUUUUCUUCUCGCAGGCAGUUUCUUUUCUUUUCAGCCAAUCACCAUAGCACUCCUGCUUUUCUUCCAAAACUAGAUUUUCUCCACGUCUAAUGGAGAAGAUCCAACCUCCAUAGAACACUUGAAUUCACACCCUUUUCCCCUACAAUCCAGAAUUUGAUUCUCUCUAUCAAGGUGGUGCAAAAAACGAUUUCAAGUGAGCUAGAAAUGCAGACUGAUUCCAGCAUUUCGACUUCAUCUGAGAAGCGGCAGCUCCCCAUUUUGUCAUCCACUUCUCAGAAUCAAGGCAGCCGGAGAAACAGAGCAAAAGAGUCCAAGAAGCAACUGAAGAAGUUGGGAUCAAUCAAGCUGUCGAAAUUCCCCAGCUUGAGAUUAUCCACCAAACGUGGAACACACCGAUCUGAUCAGUAUCUUACUGAUCUGUAUAAUGAAAUGUCAGAUGCGUCCCAGAAUGAUGGGAAGAAUGAAAAUUUUCAGGCAAGAUGUAAUACUGAUGAGUCAACAGCCAUUAGAACAACGUCCCCCAAGAAUCAAGAUGGCAGGACACGAGGAACUGAACCAAAGAAGAAAAUGAAGUCAAGAUCAAUGAAGCGUUCAAGUUCAAAGAGUUUCAGAGCAACUACAAGUCUGAACAGAUCCCAAUCUGAUCGGUCUUCUGCCAUUUUAUGUAGUAAUCCAGCAACCCCGCAAAAGCAUUCUCUGCGCAGAAUGCCUGAUGCAUCACCAAAUUAUUUGAAGCCAACAAGCUGUUCCGAGCCAAAGAACAUAAAUUUUCAUGCCAGUCCUCGUAGUUUUGAAUCUAGUUUUGAUGGCUACGAUUGGAGUAGGAAGGAUGCAAACAUUUUUACGCCAAACAAAGCUGCUCCUAGUCAGAAAGCUGCCAGAACCUUAACAAGGAAAUAUAGUUUCAAACCUUUGAGGAGCAGGGCGAAAGUUGCAAGUUUGAAAUCAAAGAAGCCUUUGAUGGAGAAAUUCUCUCAAGGUCCUCAAUUUUCUGACUUAGGCAUACAUAGAGCCACCUGUUCUUCCACUCUCAAGGAUUCCAGGUUCCCCAACUCUGUUGAGCUUCAUCCUGAAGGAAAUGGAUCAGAAAGAACUUCAGUCAUGAAAGUCUGCCCAUAUAGUUACUGUUGCCUUAAUGGUCACCACCAUGCUCCUUUCCCUCCACUAAAACGCUUCUUAUCAAGAAAGAGGCGUGUGCUGAAGACACAGAUGAGUCUGAAACAAAGAAGUCAAUCCCAACUGAGAGCAAAACAUUAUCGUGGCAAGGAAAAAGAAAUUCAGACAAACCAAAUGGCCUUGAAUGAAGAUCUUGCAAUUCAAGGGACAGCCAAUCCUGUAGAUGAAGUGGACCCUGAUUGCUUCACAAAGAUCUAUGUCAAAUCAAAAGUCUUGUUAAAAGGAGAUAACUAUGGUGGAGAUGACGAAGCUAUAUAUGAGUUUGCAGGUGGCAGCAUAACAGAAAAAGAAAUUUGUUAUGGGGGAAAUUGUGAAACAUCGUACCAUGAAAAAGGUUUUGAGAACCUCAGCACGAUCAGUGAUUUCCUUGAGGCAAAACAAGAUAUUCCAGUGAAAAACACAAAAAGCUUGGAAUGCUGCUGUAUUCAAGUGAACCUGGAUAAGUCUAUUGCUGAAACCACUAAUAUAAACUGGGGGGAUGAGGAAGUGGUUGCAGCAGGCCUUGAUAAGGGAGACAACAAUUUUCUUGCAGAUUCUGAGGCAUGUGAUAAGAUUGUCCAUGAAUGUCAUGAGGAGGUUCCAGUGGAAGGAAAAGUUCUGCAAGGAGUCCAUAGAGAAAUAAAUUCAGUUGCUUCUAACUCAUUGAAGAACCAAACUGCUGUAAGCAAAGAGAAGAAUGGAGUAACUGAGCCAGACCAUGAAUUAAUUCAAAUGCUUCCUCACUCAGAAGCUGAAAGCACUCCUCCUGCAAGGGAUAAAAUCAUCUUGGACAAGCAGAAUUAUAGCAGCUUGUGGCACCUGUUGUAUCAUAAUGUGGCAUCACAUGUUGCUUCAGAAGUCAAAACCCAGCAAUGUCCUCAUGGGACCAAUGAUGAGAAAAUUGAUGAUGCUGGUUCAAGUCAGAAGUUCUUUGAAACAGAUCAAGAUAUGGCUAUGGGAAAUCACGAUGAACAGAAUCAAGACAGUGAACUCAACCAGAUUGAUGCCAUUAAGCUUGUACAAGAAGCAGUUGAUGCCAUCUUUCCUCCAGAAACUGAAGACCAGUCACCAGAUGACCAACCAGUUACAACUGAUUUAAUUAUAAACCGGAAGUUUUCAAAAGGCAAUCAUGGAGAAGGAGGGGAACAAAGCAUCUCUAGAAGUUUUGAUGAAGACAGCUCUGGAGAAUCCAAGCAAGUAGAAGAGGAAAACAGUGUGCAAUUUAAUUCAGGAGAAAUAUCAGAAAAAGCUGGUAAUGCAAUUAUUAUUAAUGAAGGAAACUCAUUAUCAAAGCUGGGAGACAAACCUCAACAGAAAUUGCCAAAGAGCUGGAGCAAUCUGAAAAAACUAAUCCUCCUCCAAAGAUUCGUCAAAGAAUUGGGAAAAGUGAGGAAGUUCAACAGAGGGGUCCCACAACAUCUGCCCUUAGAACACAGCACAGAAGCCAAAAAAUUUUAUCUAAGGCAUCAAACUAUGGAUGGAAGGAAAAAUGCUGAGGAGUGGUUGAUUGAUUAUGCACUGCGCCAGGUUGUCGCUAAACUUACUCCAGCUCGCAGAAGAAAAGUGGAACUGCUUGUUGAAGCUUUUGAAACUGUCAUUCCAUUUCCAGAAGCUAAAGGUCACCUGAUGAAUGAUGCAACAGCUUCAAUACAGAAGAACAUGAAAUGGACUAGCCCAUCCCCACUUGAAGCCAAAUAUUCUCCUGAUAAGAAUGAAGAAACUGAGACAACUGAAAUGGUCUUAAAUGGGGGUCCUGCAGUUCAAGAUACAACCACUGGCAGCACAGCAAUCGCUUCAGCCAUAAAAGAAGUGCACAGAGAUUCCUUCAUAGAAGACAAUUUUACAUCAAUAACCAAGUUAGGCAGAAGUCGUGUUCAUGGAGUUGAAGCCAUAAAUGAUUCUGCAGAUGAAGACAAAACAGGAAAAAAAGACACUGAUGGAAAACUUGUCAAGAACCACUCCAGCAUAGAAUCAUCCCCUGGAAUAAAUCUUGACAAAGACAGUAAUUUGCUUGUGGAAGAACAAAGUAUCCUGGUAACAUCUCCUAAGCUUAAUGAAAUGAGUGUGGAAUGCAAUUCCCUUGCAAUGAAACCAGACAAGUCCAUUUCUGAAGGCACUGCUAUAAGCUGCAAGGAUGAGAAACUUAUUGAAUCAAGUCUUGAUGAUGAGAAUGAUACUUCCAUCCUCACAGAUGAUCAGUCUAAUUUGAGAAAAUGUUGUGGGAAAGUACUGAUGGCUGGACAAGUUCAGCAGGAAAAGAAUAAAAAAGUCAAUUCAGGCAUGGCCUCAGGAUUAUGCAAGGACUAUUGUGGAUCAAAUGGUGCUACUUUGGUGAUUGAUAAAUUAAAUUGUAAAAAUGGUGAUCCUGUGGAAUCAGCAGAAAUUAACGGCAGACCCUCUUCAGCACAUAUUUGCAACUCAAUAGAGGAACCACCUACUGUUGCCAGGAACGACAAGUGCGAAUACUCGAGGCCAUACAAUGGAUUUCUUGAAGAGGAUCCUUCAUUCAGGGUUUCUGAAUCCAAUUGCACCUCUAAUGUGGUGAACAAAAUACUAUUGGACAAGCAGAAAUAUUCUCGGAUGUGGCAGCUGUUAUAUCAAAAUGCCUUAUCACAUGUUGCAGAAGAUGCUGGAACCCAGCUCUCUCUUGAUAGAAUAGAUAAGGAAAAACAUGUAGAUGGCACCAGCAAAUUGCAUGGAAUGAUUUCAGGUUCCUGUCGAGAUUUCUAUGGAACAGCUCAGGAUAAUGGUACAGAAAAUGGAGAUGCAGCCUUCCACAAUAGUGAACUCAACCAGAUUGAUGCCAUUAAGCUGGUAAAAGAAGCGGUUGAUGCAAUUUUCCCUCCUGAAACCCAAGACCACUCAUCAGAUGUCCAAUCAAUUAUUGCUGACACAAUCUCAGACCAGAAUCUCUCAGGAAAGAAUCAGGGAGAAGGGACCAGAGUAAGCGUUUCAACUUCCACAAAAUUUGCUGAAAGCAGUUUUGGGGACUUCAAUAAAAUAGAUGAGGAACGCAGGAUAAUAUUGGAUGCUGAAGAAACACAGCUCAAAACAGGUGAUCUCAGUACCUCAGAAGAGAAAAAGAUAUCAAAAAUAGGUAACAGACAUGCCCAGCUGCAGUCCAAGGAGAGCUGGAACAAACUGAAAAGAAUAAUCCUCCUUAAAAGAUUCAUCAAGGAAAUGGAUAGAGUGAGGAAAUUCAACCCGCAGGAGCCACAACAUCUACCAGUAGAGCCUGGUUCAAAAGCGGAAAAAGUUCAUCUAAGGCAUCAAAGGAUGGACGAGAGGAGAAAAGCAGAGGAGUGGAUGCUUGAUUAUGCACUUCAACAAGUUGUUGCUGAACUCAGUCCAGCUCGGAAAAGAAGAGUGGCGCUGCUUGUAGAAGCUUUUGAAACAGUUAAUCCACUAUCAGAACUAAAUUCUACGCCAACAGCCUCAACUCAUCCAACACCCAUUCAAAGCAGUAGUUAAUUCUGUCACUUUGCAAAGAAAUGAUUGCUUGGCUAAAGGAGGAGUGACUAAAUUCAGGUUGAUUGGCUGAAAGCACUAAAAUGGCCUACAAUGUGUAUCAAAUUUGAAUGCGUCGCACAAUAUAUCCAUCACAAGUAUUAUCAUAAUAGCUUGAAAGAUGAACAAAAAACCCAGUAAAUAUUCAGGAGCAAAAAGAGACAAAAUCAGAGUCAGAUCAAUACAGACCUUAUGCGGGGCCUAUUAGAAAGAACCAUCACUUCGGAACCAUCACGUUGAAGUUUGAAUUAGACUCAUUGUCAUUGCUGAUCAUGAAAAAUCAAGAAGAAAGCUGUAAAUACUGCAAGCAGUGAGUUUGAUUAGAAGUUGAAAAAUGGGAAAUCUCAAAAUAACCAGAAGCUACCUUCGAUUCUGGUUUCUGCAAUGCAAUCUGGCUGUACAAUUUGUGCGCUUCACAGCUCAGCCACCGCCCACCGGACCAUCUUUCAUUCUCAUCUUCUCAUGAAAAAUGGGGAAAAUGAAUUCGGAUUGUUGCAAAUACAGUAAUGAAGACUCCAUGCCUAUCACGCCCCCUAGAAGGUAUCUCUCGAUCGAUUCGCCAUUGCCGCUGCUGCUUCUCCGCAGAGCCUUCCAUUGAUGGAGGGAAACCCCUGGUUCUUGAAACCUUGCCGCGAGAAGAGGAGGGAAUGGAGCCUUGUGUCAUGUCCUGUGUGCCAUAACGACAUCGUUUGAAGUAUAACACAACCAGAUGAAAUCGUAUUUCAAUCAUAGGCCAGUGUCUUCAGGCCCAAAUUAUUAUUAUUUUUUUGUUUCAAAAAAUACGGCCGUAACGAAAUAAAGGAAAAUGCUCGGGUUGAGUCCCAACUCAUUUUCGAACCACAUAAAUUUAUUAUUCUUAUUUUUUAAAAAAAAUACUUUAUUUUUUGUGUAUGUCUAUAUAUAUGUGUGUAUAAUCUUAGGGUAUGAUUUCAUAACAAUAACAUUACCAGUCUACAAAAUAGCACAAGAGAGAAGAAAA